CUUUUCAAUCCCCGGGAACAGAAAAAUAUUUUUUCUUUUUUCAUAGACUCUCUUUUUUUGUAAUUCAAUAAUGUCAAACCUUACAAAAAGAAUAAUCAGCAGUCAAAUAAAAAGGACUUCAUAUACCUUUCUUCAACCCAGAAUAGUCCCCGCCACUUUAAGACUCUAUUCGACAGAAAAAGAACAAGAUCAACAAGAGAAAUACUCACCUACAACAAAAAAGAUUGUUUAUGGUCUAGCAAAAGCUAUGGGUUAUUAUUCAAAGACGUCAACUGCUAUUCGUGCCAGUCGUACUCUCUAUGCUGAAUGUGCCAACCAAAUGGAAUUGAAUAAAGACUUUUAUGUCAAAGAAUGUAACCUCCCUGAUAACUUUCAGUCUUGGUUCUCUGUUACUCAGAUACAUGUUUGGAUGCUCAUGGUACAUCUUCGUGCUGAAGGAAACGGAAAGAUAUAUAUCCAAGAACUUGUCAACCGUUUCUUUGAAGACGCUGAAGAUAGAAUUAGAUCACAUGGAGUAAAUAGCUAAAUUACACUUUUAAAGCAACAUAUAUUGACACACACUUUUUUAUCAUAGAUCACACAGCAGAAAGUGAUCAACAGUUACAUCAAAGACCUCUUGGCUCAAUUCCACGGUGGUGUUAUAGCCUAUGAUGAGGGUAUGUGUAAAGACGAUCCUGUCUUGGCUGCCGCCUUGUGGAGAAACUUGUU